GAACCUGAGCUAAAGCUGCUGCGUUGGAGACACGCAUCCUUGGCUGCUCCAGGUUAGGAAGAAGAGUGUGCUCUUUCUGAUUUUCCAUCAGCACUGGAGGAUCUGCUACAGCUCACUGCCUGACUUUGGAGCUAGGGAGUGAGGCCUCCAGAAGAGUACCACCGAGGCUGUGUAGUACAGAAAUUCAUGAGCCGGUACCAGGCAGCCCUGCUGGGUCUGGGCCUGCUGCUCAUGUUCCUACUUUAUGUGGGGUUGCCCGGCCCACCUGAGCGGACUUCACAACUCUGGAGAAGCCCUAAUGUCACAGUCCUGACCGGUGUUACCAAAGGCAACCCUCACAUCUUUUACCGGGAGGUGCUGCCCAUCCAGCAGGCACACAGGGCAGAAGUAGUGUUUCUUCAUGGAGAAGCAUUUAAUUCCCACACAUGGGAGCAGCUGGGCACACUGCAGCUACUGUCAAAGAGGGGCUACCGGGCUGUGGCCAUCGACCUUCCAGGUUUUGGGAAUUCAGCUCCUACAAAGGAGGUGAGCACAGAGGCAGGCCGAGUGGAGUUGCUGGAGAGAGUGCUCCGGGACCUACGGGUGCAGAAUACUGUGUUGGUGAGCCCCUCACUGAGUGGCAGCUAUGCACUACCCUUCUUGAUGCGAAGCCACCACCAGUUACAUGGAUUUGUGCCCAUCGCGCCCACCUCCACCCAGAAUUUUGCACGGGAACAAUUCGGGGCUGUGAAGACCCCAACUCUUAUCCUGUAUGGGGAACUGGACCACACCUUGGCUCGAAAGUCACUUCAGCAGCUCCGCCACCUGCCCAACCACUCCGUGGUGAAGCUGCACAAUGCAGGCCAUGCCUGCUACCUCCACAAGCCCGAAGCCUUCCACCUCGCCCUUCUUGCCUUCCUCGACCAUUUGUCUUGAAUUGACUCACUUCCCAGGACCAACCUCUCGAGUCUAGACCCUCUCUCUCCUCUUCCAGGGUGGCAGUCCCUGGCUGGGAUUGGGGGACAGAGGAUCAAGCCUAGCCAGGACUUUUGUAUUUCAUUUCACAGGCACAAUAAAGAAGAGCCUUUUUGUCUUGCCUGGA